GCAGGGUUGGCAACGGAAUUUGACGUUUGCCACACCUAUUUGUUUACCUACCCAAAUGUGUCAUACCUUUAUUUAUUGUUUUAAUUGUUAAAAAUUACUCAAAAACCAUGAAUUACGGCAAGAAAUCGCCAACGACUGGCACCCCUUCGGUCUAUUCACACGUCACAACACGCAGCAGUGCGAAUUUAAGAAGUAGCCGGAGUAUAAAAUCGUUGAAAAUCCCAUGGUACAGAAGGCCUAUCAUAACCGAGUCUUAUAUUUUGGACGUCCAGAGAUCUUCUCUAUUAAUCGGAGUGUUUUCUUUGUUAUUGUCUAUCUUCACUGUUAUCACAAGUUGCUUUGAUCUCUAUUGCUAUUCAAUGGCAGUCCCAGGAUCCGUCCACACCGGCUAUUACGUUAUUUCAUAUCAAUUUAUUUACGUGGGAAACCGUCAUGUCCGCAAUGCUCUUGUUAUGUUCGCUGCUUUUUCCAUUCUUCUGGCAAUUGGCGUGUUUGUGACCAGCAUUAUGCUUAUAAUUGCCCUGCGAAAGGAAUAUGAAAAAAAGAUGGUGCCUUGGUUGUACGCUUUUGGGAUUUUCACAAUUUUCCGCCUGUUGGCGUACCUGUUUUUCUCCAUCGUGAACGACAUGAUUUUCGCUUACAACGUCCUUAUGUGUCUUCUUUGGACCGUGUUUUUGGCGAUAAGCAUCUACGGUUGGAUCCUCGUGUACUCCCUCUACAUCGAAUUGUCAGAUUUGAGUCGACUUGAGGAUUUGGCGCAUUUGCGGAUGGGAACAAUGCAGUCUCUGAAUGCAUCGACAGUCCCCUCCCUGGCGGGCUCUCGGCCGACGACACCCCACAGUACGGUCUCGACGAUGCCAGUAGGAUGAGUUAUGGGAUUCCCAGCUCGUUUUCGUUCGGGACUACGGUGUCCACCAUAUCGUAAUCUAUCCGUCCACAGUUUUAUAUUUUUUUAUUGUAAUCACUUGGAUUAAUACAUUGUUUUAAUUUUCAAAU